AUGUUAAUCGCCAAGGUUUCAAGUUUUUUGCUGCUCUUCUUGGUUGUUUUGUGUGUCUUACAAUCACCUGCUUUAGCAGACAAAAAGUCAUACAUAGUGUACUUGGGAGAACACUCGCAUGGUCCGGACGUAACUUCUGCAGAUCUUCGUCGAGUCACUGAUUCUCAUUAUGAGUUUCUUGGCUCAUUCUUGGGAAGUGUGGACAAGGCUAAGGAUGCCAUGAUCUACUCGUACAAAAGACACAUCAACGGCUUCGCAGCCCUCCUCGAAGAGCAUGAAGCCGCAGAGAUCACAAAGCAUCCGGAGGUGUUGUCACUUUUCUUGGAUAAAAGUAGAAAGCUUCACACUACUCAUUCAUGGGAGUUUAUGAAUUUGGAGAAGAGUGGUGGUGAGGUUCCUUCAAAUUCUAUUUGGAACAAGGCUCGGUUUGGCAGAGAUGUUAUUAUUGCAAAUCUUGAUACAGGUGUUUGGCCUGAGUCCCAGAGCUUCAAUGACAAUGGUUUUGGUCCUGUUCCUAAAAAGUGGAAAGGUUUAUGUCAAAACGAAACUAGUCCUACCGGGGUACGCUGUAAUAGGAAGUUGAUUGGAGCAAAGUACUUUAACAAAGGCUAUCUCUCAAGUGAUGAAGGCAAUAACCUCAGCCCCCACAUGCAUACCCCCCGAGACUACGAGGGCCAUGGGACCCACACCCUCUCCACGCUGGGCGGGAGCUUUGUGCCCGGAGCGAGUAUAUCCGGCGCCGGAAACGGCACCGCGAAAGGCGGCUCUCCGGGCGCUCGGGUGGCGGCGUACAAAAUAUGUUGGCCCACCACAAAGGACGGCGGCUGUUACGACUCCGAUGUUAUGAAAGCCAUCGACGCCGCCAUCCACGACGGCGUGGACGUCAUCUCGAUGUCGCUCGGCGGCGAUCCGGCGGACUACUUCAACGACGGCAUUGCAAUUGGCGCGUUCCACGCCGUGAGGAAAGGCAUCGCCGUCGUCUGCUCCGCCGGAAAUAGUGGACCCUAUCCCGGGACGGUGACGAAUGUGGCGCCGUGGAUUAUUACCGUCGGUGCUAGCACCCUCGACCGUGAGUUCCAAUCCAAUGUUAAACUUCAAAAUGGCCAAUGCAUCAAGGGAACAAGCAUGUCACCAGCACUGCCGGACCAAAAAAUGUACCCACUCAUCAAUUCUGCAGACGCUAAAGCUUCAAAUGCAUCUGCACAAAACGCGACACUAUGCAUGGCCGGAGCCAUUGAUCCGAAGAAGGUGAAGGGGAAGAUAUUGGUGUGUCAACGAGGAAUAAGCGCCCGUGUCGAGAAAGGGCAUGUGGCCGCCACGGCUGGCGCUGCCGGAAUGAUCCUCUGCAACGACGAGGCUAGCGCCAACGAAAUCAUUGCCGAUGCUCACGUCCUGCCUGCCACGCAAAUCACUUACAACGACGGCCUUAAACUCUACAAGUAUCUUGAGAAUUCUACGGAGCCGCAAGGGUAUAUUACGCCUCCUAAGGCAGUGUUGCAGACCAAGCCAGCACCUGUCAUGGCUGCUUUCUCAUCAAGAGGUCCAAAUAAAGUUACCCCAGAGAUUCUCAAGCCUGAUGUGACUGCACCGGGAGUGAAUAUUAUAGCUGCAUAUUCUCAAGGAACAAGCCCCACCGGUCUCCCAUUCGACCACCGGACCUUCCCUUUCAAUGUCGAUUCCGGCACCUCCAUGUCUUGCCCUCAUGUCAGCGGCAUCGUCGGCCUCCUCCGCAUCCUCCACCCUCACUGGAGCCCCGCCGCCCUUCGCUCCGCUCUCAUCACUACAGCGGGAACGAAAGACAACACGGGCAACACAAUUAGGGACGCCAACGACAAGGCAGCAACGCCAUUCGCCUACGGGGCAGGCCACGUGCGGCCGAACCGGGCCGCGGAUCCCGGGCUGGUCUACGACCUGAGCAUAACCGACCACCUCAACUUCCUCUGCGCCAGCGGCUACAACGAUUCCAGCAUCAAGACAUUUUCAGGGGGGAAACAUCACUACAAAUGUCCCGAAAACAUCGAUCUCUUGAGCUUCAAUUACCCCUCCAUCACCGUCCCGAAUCUCUCCGGCCCUGUUACCGUCAUCCGGACCGUCAAGAACGUCGGAAAACCAGCAACCUACGUGGCUGUCCUCCGUCAACCUCAGGGGAUUUCCGUGUCUGUAGAACCUAAGGUCCUGGAUUUCGAGAAAAUAGGUGAAGAGAAGCGGUUUAAGGUUACUUUCGAGGCUAAAGAGGAUGUUGAAGGGUAUGUUUUUGGGGAGUUGAUUUGGUCUGAUGGAAGGCACCACGUUACAAGUCCUAUAGCUGUUGCUGUUUCUUCAUAA